AUGAUUACUCACAUACAAGAAGCAUGCGGAUUAGAACAAAUCAAGAAAGAGCCAACGAUUAUUAAUGAAGACAAUGCUGCUUGCAUGGCUCAAAUUGGAGAAGGUUACAUCAAGGGUGAUCGAACAAAGCACAUCUCACCAACGUUAUUCUCAACAUACGACUUGCAGAAAGAAGGGAAAAUUGAUGUUCGCCAGAUCAAGUCAAGUGAAAAUUUAGCUGACCUAUUCACAAAAUCUUUAUCUAGAAGCAGUUUCAAGCAGUUAUCACACAAGAUCGGUCUUCGCAGAUUAAAAGAUAUUUGUUAA